GACGUGUGACGCUAUUUAUUUAGUUUUAAUAACUUUUGGAACUGCCGUUAUAAUUUAGUCACAUCAUGUUUACAAUUUAAGUGACCUUAGGUCAUAUUUCAUAACUGAUUGAAAAGUCCGCCAUCGAUCGUCUGUGGAAGAGAACGUUAACCCUAAACCACUACUACUACUAGUGCUACUAGUACUACCAACCUGUGUCUCCCAUUUUUUCAUUAUUGCUCAAUUUUUCCAUAGAUUUUUCAUUUCUUUCUUUAUUUUUUGUGGUCCAGGAGGAAUACACCUGAAAAUUUUAAUAGAGAAUUGUCUUAUGCUUGCAUUAGGGUUAUAUAAGGAUUAGAUAUAUGUGUCUUGUAUUUUACAUUAAGGGUACCGGUACUCAUUAUAUAAGCUUGGUAAACUGUUUGCUUAUAUAAUAUAUAGGUCUGAAUAGUCUGAUUAUGGAUGUAUCUAUUGAUUGGUAAGAUAAUGUGAGAAAAAAGAUAGUUAAAAACUGGAUCGGAAGUUCUUAGCUUUGUAUUUAACCAGCCUUAAAAAUGCCACAGAAUAAAGCAUGGCAUUAUCUUGACAAGAAAAAAUUUCCAUUAUGGUGGAAAUUAUCCUUUAAAAUUGCUGGUUUUGCUGUUGCCAUAUCUACUAAGUUUUUUUUGGAAUGGGUAAAUAAAGUUACUGUGUAUAACCGGGAAGCACUUCAUAAGGCAGUUGCAAAUAGAGAUAAGAAUACUGGACUGAUUACACUAGCAAAUCAUUAUAGUUGUCUAGAUGAACCGUUAUUAUGGGGUGUUUUACAGCUAAAAUAUUUAAUACAUCCAGAGAGGAUUCGUUGGUCGUUAGGAAGCCAUGAUGUUUGUUUUACAAACUAUUGGCAUGCCUUAUUUUUUAGCCUUGGUAAAACAAUACCAGUAGUACGUGGAAAUGGCGUUUACCAAAAAAGUAUGGAUUUUGUUAUUUCAAAACUGAAUAAUGGUAAUUGGGUGCAUCUGUUUCCAGAAGGGAAAGUGAAUUUAGAAAAAGAAAGGCUACGACUGAAAUGGGGUAUUGGUCGAUUAAUUAGUGAAAGUUCAGUAACCCCUAUUGUCUUACCCAUAUAUCAUAUAGGUAUGGACUCAAUUUUACCUAAUAAAACCCCAUAUAUACCUCAAAUUAGGAAAAAGGUGACCUAUCUGGUCGGAAGUCCCAUGGACUUUACUUCUGAUAUUAAAACAUUGUCAGAUUUAAAAAAAUCUCCUAAAGAAAAAAGAAAAUACAUCACAGAUAAAAUACAAGAGGAAUUUUUUAAAUUAAGACUUCAAGCCGAAGAAUUACAUGAAAAGGCAGCAUCUUGAUAGUGUAAAAUGAUGACAGGGACCAUUGUAAUAUAUUGUUUUAAAUGUUUUGUUGUGAUAUGGUAUUACGUUUUAGUGUGUGAGUGUAUCUUUAACUAUUGUAUGUUAAUUUACUAUGAAAUUUUACAUUAAACUAUCUUUGAUACAUA